ACAGGUAUGCGACCGCAUAUAUAACAUACCUAAGUUCCCAUGGCGCCAGUGAAUAAAAACAAAUCGUAGAACUUUACCUCAGCAAUCUUAGCAUCAUACUACAAUUGUAUAUAAUGCAACUAACGUGCGCAAGUUAAUAUCUCCUAAUCAGACUUGCGUUUUUUUUAUUUGCAACAUGUAUAUUUAAGUUUCUAUUUACAAGUACGUGUCUCAUUUUUUAAAACAUGUCCUAUUUUUUUGGUACUGCUGGAACUAGUGGUUUAAUAAAAACAAGAAGAAAAAAGCAUGGCAGACAUCGAAGUUUAUCUAAUGACAGAGGACUGGAGCCAGUGCAUGGAAUAACACAUCGAAGAAGACACAGCUCGGAAAAAAAGUGUAUUUCAAAGGCCAAAUCUGUCCUAAAAGAAUCUCAAUCUCAUAACUAUGAUGGGGAUAAUGCAUCGAUAAAGAAUAAAAAUAAACGCUGCUUGCAUAAAGAAAUAGCAAGACUGGUUGAGGAAAACCGAUUACUUACAGCUAAGUUGGAAGGAACAGAAGUGGAUUUAGAUAGUUUGUCAGUUGUGAAAGAAAGAGAUGAAUUAUUAGCUACGCUUAAAAAAAAAUAUCAUAAGUUACAACAAAGUUAUUAUGAACUACAAAGCGGCCGAGAUAAAGUAAAUGCUCUGCUGGCUCAGCGAGAAAAUGAAUUCAGACAACUGCAUAUGCAUCAUGAAGAAUCUGCAUUAAUAAUUAGAAACAACGAACAAGAACGUAAUACUUUUGUAGCUACUAUACAGAGAAUCAAAAAUGAAAAUGUACAAAUGCAUGAAGAUGUUAAUUUAUUGAAAAACUUGGUUUAUCGAUUGAAUGUAGAAAUUGAGAAAUAUCAGGACAAAUUACGAACUAUAGGACAAACUGCAGAUAAUCAGGCUGUUGUAAAUAUUAUAGAUGAAGUUAGAACUAAUUUUAACAACAAGAAUGUCUUAGAAGCCUGGGGUAAAGUUAAUUUCCAUGCAUUAGGACCACUACUGGAUGCAUACCAAGAAAACAUCAAUGAAAAAGAUGAACUGAUACAGAAAUAUAAGAAAGAAAUUGAUGAAUUUAGUGGAAAAUUAAAAGAUAUUAUAAGUGAAAAUGAAAAUCUUCAUAUUCAAGUGGAAAAUUUGAGAGCUAAGUAUGACAGGUAUGUAGAGGAGGCAAAGGUCCUUGAGAAGGAUGCUGCUAUAGUAAAAGAACAAAAUGAAUUAUUAAUCAAACAAUCCGCUAUGCAAAAGCAAAAAAUUCAAGAGAUUCAUUCUAUUUAUGAGCAUAAAGUUGAAUCAAUGUCGCAAGAUAAUAAUAAGUUAUACAAAGAAUACGUAACAUGUAAAACAGAAUUGAGUAAUUUGAAAGGAAAAUAUGAAAUUUUAAAUGAAGGUUAUGAAAAGUUAAAAAAUAUUUCAGAAAAAACUAUGCUUAUAUCAGUGCAUAAUGCUGCUAUCGAUGAGUGUAAACGAUUAUUUGAGGAAUUAAAGCAGCAGUAUGAAUCUGAAAAGAAAAAAUCAUCUACUCGUAUGAAACAAUUGGAAGAAAUUUUACGAGAAAAUGAAAAACAAUUGAUAACUAUUACUGCAGAACGCGAUCAAUUAAGAAUCCAAGCAAGAAAUCUGGAAAAAAACCUAAAACGAACACAAGGGAAACUGGAACAUUUGCAAAGCACAGUUCAAUCGAUUCAAGUUUCUCGUGAUUCUUUCAAGAGGCAACUGAAUAAAACUACAUUAUAUUGUGAAGAAUUAGUAAAAAAGCAAGAAAAGCUUACUGUAGAAAAAAAUAAAUUAAGUAGACUUUUAGAAGAGAAGGAGAAAGAAAAUGAAAAUAUACAGUAUUUGGGAAAUAAUAUUACUUACAGGAUGGGAACAUUAAAAAAUCAAUUAAAGAUGGUCCAAGAGGGAGCUAAAGAACAACUUGCUUCUGUUGAAAAGCAUCUUAAAAAUCAAGAAUUGGAUGUAGAUCAUAUGAAAACUGAAUACCAAAGAGAGAUACAGCGACUGAAACAAUUACUGCGACAAAAAGAAGAUCUUAUUCAAAUACUUCAGAGAGAGAAAUGUGCUACUCAAGACAAUCUUGAAUUGAUAUGGAAAGCAGCAACAAGUGAUGAUAAAAAAGUAAAUAGUGUUCUGAAGACAACUAACAUUUACAACGUUUGAUUAUAAAUUUAAAAAUUGAAAUGGAAUCACUAUAUAGCUCUAGUAUAAUGGUGAACGCAACAAAAAGGUUUCUAUUUGUUGAUAUAAACAAAUAAGAAAAUCUUAGACACUGACAUAUAUUGAAGAUGUGCCUUUUUACUUAAAAAUGCAGUCAUGCACCAAAUGAUAUUGUAAUUUAUUAAGGAUUUUCUGAUAAAUGAUAGAUACAAUAACAGGUUGAUUACAGUUUUUUACAUAAAUGGAUGCUAGUUAGAAUCUAAUCUAGUUAGAAUACAGUAAUUUCAAAGUUGCUAUCAUUUUUUAUCUUACUCUUUUUACUUACAAAAUUAAUACUCGAAUCGGAAAAAAGUAAUUUAUAUACGAUGCAGAAAGAUUUUUUUUAAUACUUACUCUCAACUUUUUAUUAUAAUGUAAAUUUAUGUAGAAGAAGAUACAUAUUUAUACUUUAAAAUUACAAAGUAUUCUUUAUUCAAUAUUGAGUAUUAUUUUUAUACAAACAUUCUUUUAAUUUCAGUUGUAUAUUAUACGAUACAGGUUGUUAAUUUUGUAACAGGUAAAAAAAAUGUAGAACUUGUAAUAAUUAAUUUCAUAUGAAUAAGAAAGGCAUUACCAAAUUUUAAUCAACAGUAUUAUCCAAGUAUUAAAUAGUGUAAAAAUGUAUUUCACACACAUAUAAUUGUGAAAAUUGUGAUGUUACAUUUAGCAUUGAUAAAUAUUAUAUGUGUGUCUGUGUGUAAAUACUUGGUUUGUUAACCAUAGAUAAACUGUAGUGUGAAUUUUUAGAAUCUGAAAGAUGCUUAAAUAUUGUAAUUAUGUAAAAAUUCAAAGUUUAUGUAUAAAUUGUAUUUCUUAAAUAAACUUUUCGGAUUUCAGUUACAGCCGUCAGCAAAAAUUGUUUUCUCAAUCAUUGUAUUUAAAAGGUGUUCACUAUAGCAAUAAGUAUGUAUGAUCUGCAACGCCGAUUCGCUUCAACGCUUUGAAAAAAGACUCGAUGGAAUAAGUCACGGUUGAUGCUUGCACCGAUGAAUGACUGUGAACGCAUUGUUUUAUGCGCGCGUGUCGCAUCAGGGAGCUCGAUAAAUAACGCGAAAGGUUGUCAUUAAGCUAUCAAAAUUUUAAUUAUCUGCAAAUAAAAAUUGAUUCUUUGUUUGACA